UGCCACGAUCAUUGGCACGUGUCAGCAUGGCGAUAGAUUCAAACGCCUCGAAUAAACGAAUAAGUUUACUUAUACGUGCGCACAUAUGCGACCUACCCAGAACGUCCGGCAGCAAUCUGCCGAAAUUACCGCCGAACGCGAGAUUCUACAGUCGAUGGAAGCGAAAUCUUCAGAAGCUCGUCCUCGUCUCCGGCCGACAUCCUCUGACGCGAUUAAUUUUACGCAGCCAGGCAGCUAUCGCCUUCGAGAAGAAGAGACACUCGAGGUCAUCUCACCGAUGGGUGGUCCACCCUUGCAGCAUGCUGAGGUUCUACUGGGAUACGAUAAUGACCGCUGUCUUCCUGUACUUCUUCGUGGCCGUGCCGUACAUCUUGUGUUUCUACAGAAUCGGGAAGAGUAGUGGCCCUGAGCGGUGGAACAUCGUGUAUCCCGCCUAUGCCGUUUGCAUUUUUGACAUAUUCCUGAAUUUCAUAACGGGAUUCGUGUCCUCGGACGGGCACGAGAUUUUUCUCGACACUACUUUAGUGAUGCGGCAUUACGUGAGAGGAUAUUUCUUCGUCGACCUCAUCAGCUCUAUACCGUACACGUGGUUUUAUCCAGUACGUAUCUUACCACCCGGUCUGAAUUCGAAUUCUGCGUUGCUUAUCGCCGAGUUUCUGCCGAUUUUGAAAAUAGCUCGCAUUCCUACCGUACACCGCAACAUUCGGCAGAUCAGCACUAACUUUGAGUUUUCUCAAGCUCAGAAGUCAACAAUCUGGCUUAUUGUUUUAACGCUAUUGAUCUUUCACUGGAAUAGUUGUAUCAGUUAUGUCUUCCCAUACAUCGUUAAGCACAUACAAGGGAAAUCCAUAGAGAAUUCAGAUAUAUAUUACAUAUCAACAAAACUUUAUGAUAAACCCAACUGGACAAUUUACCUGAUAUUUAUGCAUAUCGGAGUGAGUAAUUUAAUCGGCUCUAAUUUCGUGGAAUAUGAAAGAUUUGGAAUUUUGGAUACAAUAAUACGAUGCAUACUUUUGCUGCUAGGAAGAGGCUACAUGAUCUACUUGAUCGUUAAAAUUUUGCACCUCUUGGAAUCAUCGACAGAACCAGAGGUGAAGUAUCAACGGAUCAUAGACAAAGUAAAAAAAUAUAUUCGUCAGAAAAAGUUUCCACAAUAUUUACAAGAUAGAUUGAUCUUGUAUUAUGAGUAUCGUUACCAAGGCAGUUUCUUCAAGGAAAAUAUUAUAUCCGAUACUCUGUCGAAUCAUUUGAAUCAAGAAAUUCUAUUCCAUAGCAGCCGAGGAUUGCUAGACACUACGAUUCUUCACAAUUUACCUCGCAACAUACUUGGCGACUUAAUAAAUGCAUUAAAACCGAUAAUAUAUCUCGAGGAAGAUGUAAUUUACAAAGCCGGUAGUGAAAGCGAUUGCAUGUAUUUCAUAGCCAGCGGAACCGUCGUGCUGAUCACAUUCUCGGGAAAGGAGAUCUGUCAUUUUCACGACGGUGAUCAUUUCGGCGAGAUUGGCCUGAUUUACCCGGAUCGCCGUAGAACGGAAUCGGUUAUCGCCCUGGAAGUGUGCGAGCUGCUCCGCCUGCAUCGCCGUGAUUUCAAGUCUCUGUUUGCCGCGAGGUCCGAAUUUUACAACAGUUUGGAGCAAAUCGCGCGGGAACGCUUGGAGAAAAUGCAGAAAUUGGACGAGCAACAUUUUAAUUAGAGAGAUUUAAAGCGAUUUUAAUUCCUCUCUCCCUCUCUUUAAAUAAUUGUAAUUACAAGUUUGCUUUUCCACGUUGAUCAAAUUUACAAGGCUGUCCAAGGAAAAUACGAACGGCAAUCGAUUACAGUUAAAUCCAGAUGUAUUUUCUUGUUUUUGUUGCCGCGACGAUGGACAAUUAUUCUCAACAGCAGAAGCCAGAACGCGAGGCCGCCGCUUCUGUUUCCGCCUUCCGCCCAGCACGGACGACCUGAUUUAAACCUGUAGAUACUGCCGAGGGUUCGUCGCAGCAGACGGAGUCAAGUUAAUGAAUGGGCAAAGACAAUUACAAUGGGGAGCCACCAGGAUUGGAAAAUCAGCGAAUCAGUAAGCGGAUAAACGAGAAAGGAGUGUGCUAG